GAAAAUAAAAAAAAUCUGAAAAAGUCUUGAAAAUGACUCAAGUGCCAGAAAAGGACGUUUUGUACGGCAGAAAACUGAAAGAGUUAUUCAAAACGCUACGAUCGAGUGCCAUAGAUAAUGCAGAAUACUUUCAAUCCAACUCUACGGAUACAAACGUCAAGUUUUACAAGAUAUUUUGUGCAAUGCAUGAACAUCUCGAUGUGGGAGUUGAACCCUCAGUUGAAUUUAUUCUAAACAUUGCUCAUGCAUUUGAUUUUAAGCCCUCAGUUCCAGCAAAUGGAUAUCGUAGUGUAGUCAAAAUUGUUGAGAAAUGCUGCUUACAUUUGGUUCAGCUCACACGUCAUAUUACUGUAAACCGGGGCACUUUUAUGUUCCGUAGUAUUCGGGGCACUCAUUAUGUUAAAGAACUGGACGCAUAUGUCAAAGUAUUGACUCAGCUAAGAGCCGUGCUCCAUUAUCUACAAAAACUGGUAUCCUAUUGUAAGGAUGGAGAUUUGUUUGCUCAAGAAGAAAUGUUAAAGGAUGAAGCAGCUGAGAAGUUGCUGGUAGAAUCUGAGGGAUUGGACCAAGAGGCGUUCUAUGGAAGAUGUGUGGGAUUUCAGUUUUGCCAGUCUAUGCAGAGGCCUCUGCAGGUGAUUGGUGUUGCCAUGGCAUCAUUCAGUGAAAGCUACCAGGAGUCCUCGUCAUUUUUACAGUUUGCCAACUCAUUUAUCAACAGUGGAAAAUAUCUAUUAGACCCAGAACUGCGGGCUAAACAGAUUGUUUCUAUUACAAGGAACUCCACAAUACAGUUCUGCAAGGCAUUCUGGGGAAUCACAGAUACUGAUGUUUUACAUCAAUUGCCAAUGUUAGCCUGCCCAGCUGUUGAGGUAGAUCAUAUGAUUAAAAUCCCAGCUGAGCCUUUAGAUGUGUCACGUCGUAAAGGUCGUGAGAAGUUGACAGUGCUGCCACCUAGUGCACACAAUGGUCCAGGUCCCGUACAUGUCAGACUUAUAUCUUAUGAACUGAGGAAAGGCCAGUUUCCUAUAGAUAAAACCACCACUAGGGAGAGCAAGGUUCACCCUAAGUCUCCUUGUUUACUUGUACAUUGUCACGGUGGAGGCUUUGUGGCACAAUCAUCCAAGAGUCACCAGGUCUAUUUAAGGCACUGGGCCAAGGACCUGGGCAUACCGAUAGUGUCUAUAGACUACUCAUUGGCGCCAGAAAGUCCCUUCCCUCGGGCGUUGGAGGAAAUAUUUUUCGCAUAUUGUUGGAUUCUCAAUAACUUUCAUCAGUUAGGUACUACGGGAGAAAGGAUCUGUUUCGCUGGUGACAGUGCUGGUGGAAACUUAAUGAUCUCUACCACUCUGGCUUUGAUAAAGCGUGGAUUAAGACUCCCAGAUGGUCUGAUGGCAGCCUACUCUCCUGUCUUAGUUCGCUACAUCCCCAGUCCCUCUAGAGCCCUCAGCAUUAUGGACCCCCUACUACCUGUUGGUAUCCUACUUAGAUGCCUAGCAGCUUACUCAGGGUUUGCCGAUCCAACUGACACUAAAGAUGCAACCAUGACAACAGAACAGCAUAGCAACAACAACGAUGCAAAUAGCAAUGCAACAACUAAUGCAGACUUCUCAAUAGACAGUGCUUCAGAUGACGAUACCAUCAGUGAUGAUCAAGAGGAUGUGCUAUUUGAAGCAACUGCAAGGAGGAACUCUCCACCCGCAGCUGUACAUAAACCUUCUCCAAGCAGAGCUCAAUCAAAAUCUCCAGUCAAAGAACAAGAUCAAUCUGACCCAAGUAUGAAAUCCAAAUCCAUAGUUGACACAAACAAACUGAAAGUCACACAUGACAAUGUUAAUAAAUCAAUUGACAAACCUUCAAAUGAUAAAUCAAAUUCUGUUGCUAAAGGAGCCAGGAGAUCACCUGCUUCUCCAAGCAGAAUGCACCGAGUAAGCUCUGCCAUGGCGAGUCUUGGAGAACUGGAGGAAGGGCUUCAAGAUCUUGAUACAUAUACAUCAGACAUGCCCCAAAAUGCCAUAGAUGAAGACAGUUCAGAAUCCAAGAUUGACCAAGUGAUAAGAAAGGACAUCAAUAAAUCUUCACCAUUUCCUGAGGUGGAUAGUGGCAGUAUAACAAAACCGACCAAAAGUAUAAAAAUUCAAAGUCUACCAUUGAAUACACAUGGUAAAAAUGGCCUAACGAGGCACCAAAGAUCAACUUCGUACCAUAACUUUAAUUUUCCGAGUAACCUCUCCAGUCCCUCUAGUCCAAAUUCAGAUGAUUAUUUUCGAAUGGAGUUUGAAUUGGAACAAGACCAAGCUAGACAACCUUCAACGAGUCCUCUGCAGCAGUUACGACAUCUGCCGAUCCCAAACAACCCAUUUAUGUCUCCAUUGUUGGCCAGUGAUGAACUUUUGAAGCAAUUCCCACCAGUUUUUCUUGUGGCUUGUACACUUGACCCCAUCCUUGAUGAUAAUGUAGCUUUUGCUAAAAAGCUGGAAUCCCUGGGUACAAAGGUGUGUCUGGAUGUGUCAGCAAAGAGGCAAAGCUUGCAGGAGAUAUAUGUAUCACAAGAAUUAGAAGCAUCUUUGUGCAAUAGUAAGAGUCAGUGUGAUUGGCUGUUAGUGUUUGUAUCGCAAAUCCUGAUUGGUCAGUUUAUGACCAACGAGAUGCAAUAUUGUGUGUAUCUCAACCAAUGAAAGAUAGGCUCAUAGCAGGUCCAAGAUUUGGUGGUUGUACAAUCGAGUAGAUACUGUGUAAAGCAUAUGGAGCAUAUAUCCUAAAUGACAAGAAAUUGACUGAGAAUUCUAUUAAGAAGACUUUUAGGGGAGGCAUCAAAAGUUCAA